AUGAAUAAAAAUAUUCGGGCUAGUAAUAAAAUAAUCAAAAAUAGUAAUCCAAAUAUCAGAAAUAGCAGCACCAUUCCUAAUAAUAACUUACCUCAUUCAACUCCACCUCCUCAACCAACUACAACUUGUUCAAUUGCCGAAUCUCAAACUCAAUCUCAAACUCAAUCUCAAAACUAUAUCAACCAACAGCAUUAUCAUCCAAUUCUUUCUCACUCAAUUGCUUCAAUUUCAAGUCCACCACCUCCAGCAUCAUCAUCAUCUACAGGUCUUGAUAAUCAAUUAUCAGUAACCGAUCUGAACGCAGCCAUGUCUUCCAAUCAAAAUUCUGGCGCAAACCAAGCUUCAGUCUCUCUCGGUUCAACUCUAUCUUCUAAUUCUUCUUCUCCGUCACAUAGUACAGUAAUUACCAAUACUGGUUCAGUUGGUACAACAGCAAGUACUUCUAUGGGAUCUCGAUCUGGUUCAUUAUCUGGUCCAAGAUCUAGUUCAAUUACUGUUUCUAAUUCUACUUCUAAGCGAAGCAAUUUUCAAUUUACUUAUGAUGCUGAUAAUUUCUUACUAGAUCUUAUCUUUAGAUACAAACAUGAAAUAUUUACUAGAGGAAAUACUAUCAAAACAUGGGAAUUGGUACUUUCUGAAUUCAACCGACGGUUUCAUUCAAAUAUAAUUCAAUCCAGAACAAUCAAUAACCGUUUUAAAGCUCUUCGUAAAAAUCUAGAGAAUAAAUUAAUAAAUGAACCAGUACCUUUACUGGAAUUAAAUCUCAAUGAAAAUGAAAAGUUAUUGGUUAGUUUGAAUGAAUUUCUUAAUAUCAAAGAGAUGCUAAAACAGAAGGCUACAGAGAAUAAGUUCUUAGAUACAUCUACAAUAACUAAUGCCAACCCCCCUCCAGGUCUUCCACCAGUUGAAUCAUCAUCAAAUGUAAAUACAUCAUUUAUUAACUCCCAAGAUCCAAUGGAUAUAGAUGCUACUGCAACUUCUACCACAACUUCUCCAUCAUUUAUUCAAUUAUCACCUUCUUUACAUGCUCAACAACAAUUGGCUCACCAACAACAACAACACUUACAUCAACGAUUAUUGAUCGGAAAUUCGUAUCUGAAUCCAACAAAUCCAAAUACAUCAACUAUUCAACCAGUAUCACCCAACACAGCCAAUUUAGCAAUGAGUAAUGCAUUAUCUCAGACUCAAGAACAUAGUCAUGCCCAGGCACAACAAUUUCAAUUUCAAUUCCCACCGAAUCCCCCCGUCAAGGUAGAACAAGUUUCUUAUGACAAUCCUAUGCUCCAUCACACUUCACUUGGAUCAGUAUCACAACUACAGCAGCAACAACAACAACAGCAGCAACAGCAACUACAGAAACCUCAACAACUACAUUCUCCAGUCCAGAUACACCCACCCAUACCCACAUCACAGCAACAACAGCAUCAGCCAGAGGAUUCACCUUUACAUAAACGAUUGAAAACUGUUGCGGUUGCGGCUCCUCCAAACGAGUUAAUCAAUCAACUAGUUGUUUCACAGAAUGAGUAUAUCCUGCAAGUGAAAGAUCUCAGGAAAGAACUUCAGGAAUUCCGAUACGAAGUAGACUACAAGAUCAAAGAUAUAUUUAAUAAAAUAGAUACAGCCAACGAUACAUUACAUUUAAAGAUUAACAAUUGUUUCGAAUAUUUAAUGGCGAAAAAGGAAGGACUUGCAACAAAUGAUGCUGCAGUCACUCAUUAUCAUCAGGAACAACAAGAGGGUCAGCAACAUCAUCACCAGCAUGCAACUGGAUUGCAAUCUGAUAUCUUAAGCGCGCAUUCGCAGACUUCGAGCAACAUACAGGCUAAUCCGUCUCAUUCGAUAGAUCUGCUGGUUCGUUCCUCCGCACAUUCGCAGCAACAGCAUCAAACACUGUUACAACAUCAACAACAACAACAACUCCACCAACAACAACACCAACAGCUGCCAUCGCAACAGCUGCAACAACAGCAACAGCACCAAUAA